UUGCGUUUUAGUGUUAUGUUGUUCAUUUCGCGAGAAAAUCUUUGAGCGAGCAGCAAAUAUGACGAAUUCGGUGCCGGACAGAUGGAGUUAUAUAUCUGCUCAACAAUAUUCGAAUGCGAGUUACUCGAUGGUUAGAGUACAAUGCUUUCGGCGAUGUGAUCAAGGGCACCAAGAUUUUAGCAUUCAAAGUUCCGCUGAAGGAUGCCAUAGUGAGAAAUCUGCAGCCAACCCAACGAUUUACUACGGCAAUAUUGCUAGAAACGUUUCCUCAUCUCAAGUAUAUCAUCGACUUGACCAAUACGUGUCGUUACUACGACAAAAAGGAAUUUACAAAUGCUGGCGUUAAAUACGAGAAGAUUGCUAUACCAGGAAGAAAAAUACCGACUAUGGAUAUAAUUAAGAAAUUCUUUAAAGUGAUGGAUGAUUUCACAUCGACAUGCGGUGAAGAUGAACUUAUAGGAGUCCAUUGCACGCACGGUGUGAAUCGUACUGGUUAUUUAAUUUGUAGAUAUCUCAUUCAGCAGCUAGGUUGGGAUAAUCAAGAUUCCUUAAAAGCUUUCGGAGAAGCACGUGGAUAUCCCGUCGAACGCGACAUUUAUCUCACCGCGUUACAGGAGGUCCAACGCGGUGAGAAGAUCGACACAAGUAAAGUUGUAUUGACGCCAGAUCCUAUCAGUGUCGCAGCUUCAACUAGGAAGAAUCCGAAACACUUAUUGAAAAACCUAUCAGGCCGACCGAUGGGGCCGCCGAUAUUCGCGAUACCGCGACGAGGUUUUGCAAAUGGCAGACCAUUUUCGUCUCAGAGAUUCGGCAGAGGUAUCGCGGGACCUCCACCAGGAUUCGGUCCAAUGCCACCUCCGUCUGGUAUGCCACCUAUUCCGCUAAUGAGUCCACCACUCUACGGCCCUAGGCCGUUCAGAUAUGGACCACCACCAAUACACCCGGUCCAGGCGAUGCCAACGCCGCCCGUACCUGGUUUUCCGCGUCCCGCUUUUCCACCGCGUAUGUCAGGUCCACCGAGAAUGUCAGCUCCACCGAGAUUACCAGUCGGUCCAACUGCGCGAUUACCGCCACCAAAGAUGCCACCACCACCACCGAAGAUGCCUCCACCUUCCAGAUCCAAACAACUCCAAACACAGAAGAAGCAGCAAAUUCGAAAUGGAAUCAUGGGGCGCUCGGUAAACAUUCGUAUGAGACGAAAUGGUCCAGUCAACAACAGAACCUUGCCUGAAGUGCAUAAGGAACAGGACUUCACUAUUGACACGUUCGAGGAAAAUCUACUUACGACUUCAAAUAUCACACAAUCGCGACGGCAAAUGAGAGGACGUUAUAAUCGAUCCAAGUGACCAUAUACUCGUUAGGAAUGCGAUGAUAAAUGAAGGAUUUUCCAUUUGACACAUCGCAAUUAAAACAGAGAUUCACAGUGUUUAAAGUAGCUUGUGCGCAUAGUCGCUGUCGUGUAACGAACAGAGAUAUUUCACAAUUUGCACUGUGAUUAUUUUUGAACUUGGACUUGGAUAUUUACUGGACCCCCCAAGUUAUAUAAAGUGUGAAUUGUUACAUCGAUAUCAAUAACAUAUACCUCCCGUAGAUAUUUUUUUUUAUUUUACGAAUAUAUUUUAUAUUGAAGA